AAUAUAGAUGAGCAACACUUAGGCAUUAUAGCACUCGUUGACUUCGUUAGUAUAUUGCAUACGAUGUUAGGGAAGAUUCUCGUCACGCUGGCCCUGGUAUCGCUGAGUGCGAACUCGGUGGACGCCAAACCACACACCACCACACACGGACAAGUAGUAACUCAGAAACAGACACAGAACAGCCACAACACUGCUCCUGGCAGAAAUGCACUUGUAGAAAAGAGGGAUAUUGCUACUAUAGAUGCGUUUAAAAAACAUAAGAAGCGACGCCAAAUGCCUGGGAUGACGCGUAUGGUGUGUCUGACAAGCUAUGACUCUACGAAUAACAGAUGGUCUCCAGACUGUCUGCUGGGAAUCUGGAGAGACGCGGGAUGUCGGGUAUCCGUAGGUGUACCAAAAAAGCUGAAGGAUGCUGCAAAUGACAUAACAACAGAUAACUAUGACGAUCUAGUGGAUAUGCUCGCCACCGUAGCCUACGAUGCGGCGGACGCAAAAAAUCAGGCCCAGAAAUGGUGCUGGGGCAAAGUUGUAAUUCAACGCCCAGGACAGCAUGACUUUGCGUGGGAAGAAUUGGCCGAUGCAGAGGAUGAGCAAUGGGAACUCGCACAGUACAAUAAACAACAGGUGGAGGGCAAUAGCGAUGGCUCGGAUGUUCAUGGGGCUGAGCUGUUUAAUCCAAAUGCCAUCCUCGCGGACAAACAAACGAACGAUGAAAUGGUCGAGCAAGUGGAAGAAGACAAAAAGGAGGCCUAUGCCAACGCACUGGACCAAGCCGAACAAGACGCCGAGGAGAAUGGCUCCGACGAUGAUGAUGACAAGGAUGAUGAAGAAACGGCUGUGAGUGCAUCAUCCACGAGUGCGCAGAAAGAAGAGGAGACCGCUGAGAUCGAUCAAGCAAUCAAAGAUCAGCAAGACGACAUCAAUCACAAGACUACAGUGGCCGUUAUUGUAGGGGCAGCCGCUACUGUGGCACUGUCGCUCAUGGUUGGUAUGCUGGUGUAUAUGCGACGCAGAAACGACAGCAAGAUGAAGAGGCCCUAUAAGAAGAGUGGAGCUGCAGAUACACGCUCGUUCGCUGCGAAUGUCCAAGACACUGCGACCAGUGGUGAACUAUGGGGUGAUGAUCGCAGCCGAUCUGUAGCCACUGAUUCUACUCUCUCCGGGUUUUCCAUCUCUAAUGAUGACGUGGUCUUCGAUAUGGCGAACAAAUCCGGAAAUGUGAUUUCCAUCUGA